UCCAACAUGGCUGCGCCUAUGGGAAAAUAAUCCUUCGGAAAACUGAAACUGUACUUUUACGCUUGUAGUUAGAUUCCUGGGUUGUCUGCAAGGUUCAGGAUGGCUGGAAAGUCUUCAGGACUUGGAGCUCUGGCGUGUUACGAGAGUUCUAGUGAGGAGGAAGGACCCAGCCCGUCCAGAGGCCUGCAACAACAACAUUUAGCGACUGCUGACAAACUUCCGGGUUCAAAACUACACCAACAAGAACACAAGAAUGUUGUGACAGUACAGAACUGUAAGAGGAAGCUGGAUGAUCAUGAUGAGGAAGAUAAAGAUACAAAAAGGACUCGCACACAAGAUCUGGAGAAGAGGACCCUCCCAUCUGUGCCAGCAGACAUCCUACAGAUGUUUUCUGACAAACGGGGGAUGGAGGGAGGAAAAGACAACCCGGAGGAGCAUGGAGGAAGGAUUCGCUCAUUCCCACACAUUGCCGGCAACUGGGCUACUCAUGUGUAUGUGUCCUUUGAGCCAGACUCAGAGUUUACAGAUGGAGUACGACACCUGCUGGGGUGUGUGGAGUCAGAGGUUCAGCUGCAGCAGGCUGGGGAGUACCACAUCAGUCUGUCCAGAACUGUGCCCCUCACCUACCACUGGAUACAGCCCUUCAUAGACGAACUCAGGGAAACACUCAGACACACCAAGAGAUUCUUCUGCACAUUCCAAGGAGCUAAACUGUACACAAACGAUGAAAAAACAAGGUCAUUCCUGGGCCUCGAGGUCACAGGUGGCCAUAACCACCUGUUGCAGCUGGUAGCAGGUGUUGACAGGUGUCUGGGAGAAUUCAGGCUGCAGAAAUAUUACCAGAAUCCUUCUUUCCACAUGACUGUAGGAUGGUGUGUUGGGAAUGCUCACGAGGACACCCAGCAGUUCAACCACAAACUGCAGGCUAGCCUAGCAGAAGCCCAGGAGGAGUUCCCCUCCCUGGCAGGAUUUCUGGCACAGGAGAUCAAGUGCAGAAGUGGAAACAGACUCUUCUCCUUUCCACUUAGAUAACAGAUGUUGCACAUUGUACAAGAUAGUGUGGAAGACAUUGAUGGCCCACCAUGGCCCAAGCACUGACAUGAGCCUGUGUUAACACAAACUUUUGCUGCCAGGGGUUACUGUAUCUGUAUCUGUAUAGCCGGUAUAACCGCCUUUCGGUGUAACACACCAGCUUUGCAGGCACGCGGCGCGGCGGCAGCUGGCUAUAUUACACCGAUCGACUUGUUACACCUAACCCUUGGACUUCUAGCUCUAGACUUUGUUUAAAGCUAUCUAAUGACAAUGCCCCUACUGUACUUGGUGACAGUGAGUUCCACUCUGCAAUAGUUCUAGGAAAGAAUGAAUUCUUGAACACCUCAAUCCUUGGUUGAUAACUCUGGUACUUGAAGGCCUGGUACUGACCCUCACUGCAGCAACCCUCAGGAAGGAGUGCAAUUUAGUCAGACUAGCACUGACAUGUGGUGAAGAUGACUGUAUAUGUAACUCACAGAUGUAAUAUCGGGGGAAGAUCUAACAAUGAACAAUUCAUGAAUUGAGAACUUGUGUCAGAAAGGGUGAAUGUUGUUAUUUUUUGUCACUACCUCAUGUUGCAAUAAAGGCUUCACCAGCCACAGAUUAUA